UCGGCGCGCCGCUUCCAGGGCUCUACACCGGCCGGCUGCCAUGGCGGAGGUGGGCCGAGCAGGCAUCCGCGACCCAGGCGCGGUGCUCCCACGGGGCUUCUGGGCUGCGGUGGAGGUGUGGCUGGAGAGGCCGCAGGUGGCCAACAAACGGCUUUGCGGCGCCCGCCUGGAGGCCCGCUGGAGCGCUGCCCUGCCCUGCGCCGAGGCCCGCGGCCCAGGGACGAGCGCAGGCUCGGAGCAGAAGGAGCGGGGUCCGGUUCCCGGCCAGGGUUCGCCCGGAGGGGGCACGGGUCCCAGGCUGCGAUCAGAACCCAAGCAGGGCAUGGCAUGUUGCGAACUUGAGGAGGCCCAGGGCCAGUGCCAGCAAGAGGAGGCACAGAGGGAAGCCGCCUCGGCGGCCCUGAGGGACUCCGGGCACCCCGGUCAUGCUGAAGGAGACGAGGGCGACUUCCCCGCCGCAGAUCUGGAUUCGCUCUGGGACGAUUUCUCCCGAAGUCUCGCCCGUGGCAAUUCGGAGAUGCUGGCCUUCCUCACCUGCUCCGGGGCGGGAUCGCAGCCAGAGGCGCAGCGUGAGCUCGACGUGGUUCUCAGAACCGUCAUCCCGAAAACUAGCCCACAUUGCCCCCUUACAGCUCCCAGGAGGGAAAUAGUCGUGCAAGAUGUCCUCAAUGGAACUGUAACGUUUUUGCCUUUGGAAGAAGAUGAUGAGGGGAAGUUAAAGGUUAAGAUGAGCAAUGUAUAUCAAAUUCAGCUCAGUCAUAGCAAAGAAGAAUGGUUCAUAUCUGUUUUAAUUUUCUGUCCAGAAAGAUGGCAUUCAGAUGGAAUUGUGUAUCCCAAACCCACGUGGCUUGGAGAAGAGUUGCUGGCCAAGUUGGCCAAGUGGUCUGUAGAGAACAAGAAGAGUGACUUUAAAAGCACCCUUUCCCUCGUCUCCAUUAUGAAGUAUAGCAAGGCUUACCAGGAACUUAAAGAGAAGUAUAAGGAAAUGGUUAAGGUGUGGCCUGAAGUCACUGAUCCUGAGAAGUUCGUGUAUGAAGAUGUGGCUAUCGCGGCAUACCUGCUGAUUCUGUGGGAAGAAGAAAGGGCCGAGAGGGGACUAACUGCCAGGCAGUCCUUCGUGGACCUGGGAUGUGGAAAUGGCCUCCUGGUCCACAUCCUGAACAGUGAGGGGCAUCCAGGCAGAGGGAUUGAUGUCCGGAGAAGGAAAAUCUGGGACAUGUAUGGACCACAGACUCAGUUAGAGGAAGAUGCAAUCACACCCAACGAUAAGACCCUUUUCCCUGAUGUUGAUUGGUUAAUCGGUAACCAUUCUGAUGAACUCACACCAUGGAUACCUGUCAUUGCAGCCAGGUCUUCCUACAAUUGCCGCUUCUUUGUCCUCCCCUGCUGCUUCUUUGACUUCAUUGGAAAAUACUCCCGGAGGCAGAGUAAGAAGACUCAGUACCGGGAAUACCUUGACUUCAUUAAAGAAGUGGGCUUCACCUGUGGGUUUCACGUGGACGAAGACUGCCUCAGGAUUCCUUCAACCAAAAGAGUCUGUCUCAUUGGGAAAUCCAGAACAUACCCUCCCUCCAGAGAAGCUUCCGUGGAUGAAAAGAGGACUCAGUACAUUAAGAGCAGGCGGGGCUGCCCUGUAAGCCCACCUGGACGGGAGCUUUGCCCUUCUCCACUCCGGGUUGCUGCUGGCAGUGCUGGUCACUGUGACGGUCACCAGGCUCUGGGCGCCAGGGUCGGGUGUGUAGCCGGGGCCCGGGCCGCUGAGUGUGGAGCAGGGCCCCAGGCCGAAGGAGCCUGGCUACCUGGAUUUCAUCCCAGAGAAAAGGCUGAGCGCGUGAGGAACUGUGCCGCCCUGCCGCGAGGCUUUAUCGACCAAGUGGUUUUGCAAGUGGCGAAUGUAUUGUUAGGCGGAAAGCGAUUAAACACAGGAAGUUCUCGAACUGGGAGUUUGAAGACCUGGAAUCGGGGAGGAGAUGACGAGUGCACAGAUGUCAGCUGUGCCUCGGAUGGACAGCUUUUGGUGGGUGAGGAGGAAGGAGGAACAGACCUGGAGAUGGAGAGCGGGGAUUGGUGUCCGUGGGUCUGGAGCUUGUUAGGGGCUCUCCAUGUGGCCAUGCUUUCCAUCAUCUGCAGCUUCCAGGUGUGCACAGAGGGGGCAGGGACGGGGGGAGCCACAGUUUACCAGCGCCGGCGGCUGGGGCGUUUGCCGUCAGGGCGUCAGGCCAGAGGCCCCUCAGUGUUUGGGGUCAUGUGCCCCAUGGGGAGUGGGGGGAAGCUCUGGCCCCUGGGGCUCCUCCAAGCACCCUUCAGAGGGUUCCAGAUCCCUCAGUGGCGGGGAUGUGCCCUUCUGUGCUACGCCAGGAGGUGCUGCUGUGAGGACAUCGGCAGACCGUCGUGGGACUGCCUUAACCGGUCAGGAGGCAGCCUGGAGGAGGCCCGCGAGGCCUGGCACCCAGGUGACGAGCGGGCCCACAGCAGCCCUCUCCUGGCCCCACCCCACUCUGAUGUCCCUCCAGCUCCCCAGUUUGGAGACACGGCUCAGAGAGGUCCGCGCGCCGGCCCGAAGUCUCCCAGUGAGUGGAGAGGCUGUGCCACAGUCCAGGCCAGGUCUGACCCAGCACUGGCACCCCUGAGCCUGCGGCAUCAUCCGGGGCCACUAAUCCUCAGCCUGUUCCUCAGAGCAGCUUGGUCAGGGCGUCAGGCCAGAGGCCCCUCAGUGUUUGGGGUCAUGUGCCCCAUGGGGAGUGGGGGGAAGCUCUGGCCCCUGGGGCUCCUCCAAGCACCCUUCAGAGGGUUCCAGAUCCCUCAGUGGCGGGGAUGUGCCCUUCUGUGCUACGCCAGGAGGUGCUGCUGUGAGGACAUCGGCAGACCGUCGUGGGACUGCCUUAACCGGUCAGGAGGCAGCCUGGAGGAGGCCCGCGAGGCCUGGCACCCAGGUGACGAGCGGGCCCACAGCAGCCCUCUCCUGGCCCCACCCCACUCUGAUGUCCCUCCAGCUCCCCAGUUUGGAGUUGUGAAUGGGAGAGUUCACAUCCGCGACUGGAGAGAGGAGAUGCUGUGGGAAACAAAGCAACCGGAAGCGAAACAGAGAGUGCUCUCCGAAGCCUGCAAAACCCGCCUCUGCUGGUUCUUCACGCAUCACCCUGACGGCUGUGCUCUGUCCGCGGACUGCUGCCCAUUUGCCCAUGGGCCUGCGGAGCUGCGGCCAUCCCGGACCACCCCAAGGAAGAAGAUUCCAUGAGCUGUGUCCUUGCCAGCCAAGGCCUGGUCGGUGGGGGCCAAACCAAGGAGAGCUUCCCCAGCAAUCCUCGGUGCUGCGGUCUCUGCUCCGGCUGUGUUUCAGCCCACCUCCUCCCAGCUUUCUCUAGAUCCUCACGCCGAUGAACCGUGUUUCAUAAACAUCACCCGCCAGAGAAGCCACAGUUACUCAGAAGCCCCCAGCUGGUUGCCUGGCUUGUUUCAGAUGCAACCACUUGAAACGUGCACAGCAUCUUCGUAUCACAAAGAUGGUGCAUAGAUCCUUACAGUGUCUCCUAGGGGAGAGCAGCUGGGGAUGCCUUGCACAGGCCCCUCCCAGGGCGCUGUCCGACGCCUGCCCCACCAUGUCCAGCUCUGUGAAGAGGAUGGGGCUCCCCAGGAAGCAAGACUGUAUCUGCCAGCGUUUCUCACCACACUGGAGGGCAGCCGCUCUGGAGCAGGGAUCCACCAGACUGGUAUUUUUAAAAAAGGUACAAGGCUUGCUCUGUUGAGGUUGUUUUUACAGUUACAGAGAAUAAAACAAAACACCCAUAAUUUCCU